CACUCAAUUCUAUGGUUGCGAAUCAGCUGUUUUCUACUUGUUGAGUGUUCAAUUUGAAAAUGUAUUCCAAAAAGUAAAAAUUAUGAAAGUACUUAACAUUAAGAACCAGUUUGGUUUAAUUUAUUUACCUACAAGCAGAUUUUGAUCGUCUUCCAAAUGGAUGCUGAACAGAAAUUGGCACAAUACAGAGCAAGAAAACGCAGGCAGGAAUAUUUAGAAAGUGUUACUGGGUCUCUUCGGUCUUUCUUUACUUCGAAAGUAACCGGAAGAAAUACAGUUAUGACGGGAACAGUUAACGAACCUCUUGUUAUCGACGGAGUAUCUGAUGAGGAAUUGGAAGAAGAUGAAAACUGUAGUUGGUCAUAUUUACAAAUUGUAACGUACAUUCUCUAUUUUAUACUGUGGGGCACUGUGUAUUUGAUUUUUAUUAAGUUACAAUUUGGAAUUAUUUAUCUUAUAAUCUCCGCAUUGAUAGGUAUAUACUUAAACACACGUACCUCACCAAAGAAGAGAAAUGAAGUUAGUGCCUAUUCAGUGUUUAAUGAAAAUUGUAAGAGCAUCGAUGGUACUUUAAAAGCGGAACAGUUCGAAAAAGAAAUUAGAUUUGGCGCUAUAGGCGUGCAUUAGUAAUGCCAACGUGGGUCAGUUAAAUGUGAUAUUUUUAUUACAUAAUAUUUAUUAACAGGAAAUACUUUUUUAUGAAUAUAAGAUGUUGUAAUUGUAUUAAUUAUUAAGUGUAUAUUAUUUGGGAUAUGACAAAAUAUAAUACAGUUUGUAGGUAAAAGAUAAAA